AUGCUCACGAAGAGAUUCUAUCAUGCGUCAUCAAGGCGUUUACUGUCAGCAAUACGUUCUCUCAGUACAUUUCGGACUCAUUCGUGUGGAGAACUUCGUCAAGAAUCUCAUGACGGUCAGCGUGUGACUUUAAGUGGAUGGGUGGAUGCCAUUCGUCCAUUUGGUCCUAUCUCCUUCUUGUCUCUACGUGACCGUCACGGUGUCACGCAACUUGUAUUAGAAAAAAAGUUUCUUCAAUUGGCGGAUGAUGUGGUGAGCAAGAUUCGCCCCGAGUCGGUCAUUCAAGCUUCCGGUAUUGUACGAGCUCGGCCGGUCAAUAUGCGAAACGAUAAGAUGGCAACAGGAGCUGUAGAGGUCGUGGUGGACAAGAUCACGGAAUUGAAUUCGUGUGUGAAUUUGCCGAUUCAAGUGUCGACUGGAUCUAAAGUGGCCAAUGAAGACACGAGACUACGUCAUCGAUACUUGGAUCUGCGUCGUCCUGCGUUGCAGCAGAAUCUCAUAAUGCGCUCGCACAUAUCGCUGGCUGCACGCAACUUUUUGUGCUUCGAGGGGUUUUUGGAGAUUGAAACACCGACGUUGUUUAAAAGCACACCAGAAGGUGCUCGGGAGUUUCUUGUCCCCACGCGCAAUAAAGGACUGUUUUACGCGCUGACGCAGAGUCCGCAACAGUACAAGCAAUUGCUCAUGGUGGGAGGCCUGGAUAGGUACUUCCAGCUUGCAAGGUGCUAUCGUGACGAAGGCGGUCGUGCUGACCGUCAGCCCGAGUUUACGCAGAUUGAUUUAGAGAUGUCGUUUGUUAGCCGCGAAGACAUUAUGCACUUGGUGGAGCGUCUAGUGAAGGAGAUCUGGAAGUCGGCUGACAAGGAGCUACCUGAUCGCCCAUUUGUUCGCAUGGCCUUCGACGAGGCGAUGCACCGCUUUGGUGUCGACAAGCCUGAUACGCGGUAUGGCAUUGAACUUCAGGAUGUCGACGACUUACUACAAGACUGCGAGUUUGCUCCAUUCAAGACGGCACUUGCAAACAGCUAUACAAAGGUCUAUAACAAUCGUGGAGUAAUUCGUGCCAUCAAUGCGAAGAAUCUUGCGAGUGGUGCGUUUUCACGCAAGGAAAUUGAUGAAUUGGAGAAUGUAGCCAAGCGCGCAUCUAAUUCCGCCGGCGCGUUUGUGGUAAAGGUGGACGCUGGAAAGCAGUGGAAGUCUUCUCUGGCAAAGAAGCUUUCUGUUUAUGAAAUUGAUCAGCUCAACGAGCGCCUUGAUGCUGAAGAGGGCGAUAUUCUCAUUUUCGCUGCCGGAUCAUACCACGAUGUGAACACACUGCUUGGGCGUCUGCGGACGCACACGUCACGGUUGUUGUAUGCUAAGGGCUUUUUGCAGGCUGAACUAGACCCGAAUAACUUUCACCAUUUGUGGGUGAUCGAUUUCCCUAUGUUUGAGCGCAGUGAAGAUGACAAUGGGAAUCUCUAUGCAAAUGAAGACAAGGCAUCACUGUCAGCGACACACCAUCCCUUCACUGCUCCUCGCGCUGACCACGCAAUGCUUUUGGACAACAUUUUAAUUGCAGCAGCAAGAAGUGAUGGAAAGAGUUUGCUGGAAGACCCGGAGAUCGUCACGAAGCUAUUGGACAUCACCGCACAGCACUACGAUAUCGUGUGCAACGGCUGGGAGCUAGGCGGAGGGUCCAUUCGUAUCCAUCAGGCGAAGCUGCAGCAAGCCAUUUUUGAAGAUGUACUGGAGCUCCCAUCGCUGCAGCGUCAGAGUUUUGAGCAUCUGCUACAGGCCCUCAGCCAGGGCGCUCCGCCUCACGGCGGAAUCGCGCUGGGUCUGGAUCGCCUCGUCGCAAUCUUGUGUGGUGCGCCAAGUUUGCGUGAUGUGAUUGCGUUCCCAAAGUCGGCCACGGGCAAUGAGCUUAUGACUAAUGCACCGGGAAUUGUGUUACCUGAUCAGCUUAAGGAAUACCAUAUCCAGGUACGUCAUGACGAUGAGUAG